GCUUCUGCUUAUAUCACCUCUUGUCCCUCUGACAGAGCGUCUGAGGAAGGAAGAGCUGAGGGUGGCACUUCGGACAUUAUGCUUCAUGUCACUGGGCCUUUAUUCUCAGUAUUGGCUGUUCCUGAAUGUGUCGGGCUUCCAGAGCCCCAGUUCAGCGCUGGCGUGCAUGCUGCUCGCCAGAUCCCUGCUGGCCCACCCCUACCUCCAUGUCAACAUCUUCCAGCACAUCGGAUUGCCCAUGUUCUCCCUGGACAAGAAGCCCCGGCGAAUUCACAUGAUGAGCCUGGGGGUGCUGAACCUGCCACGGCAGCCGGUGCUGGACUGGGCAUUCGGCCACUCACUCAUCAGCUGCCAUGUGGAGCAUCACCUCUUCCCUUGGCUCUCUGACCACAUGUGCCUGAAGGUGAAGCCCUUGGUGUCGAAGUUUCUUCAUGACAAGCAGCUGCCCUAUAAUGAGGACUCCUAUCUGGCUCGCUUCCAGCUCUUUCUCAGCCACUACGAGGAGUUCAUGGCUGUGAUAAGCACUGUAUGCACCCCUGGCUUCUACUGACUAGAUGUUGAGAGCCCAGACCACGACAAUCAAAACUGUCUGCUGAUACAGCCAAAUGUCUCCUGAAUGGCAAACUGUCCCUGAUUGAGAACAUACAAUCAUUCUCCUGAGUGUAUAACUGCAGUUAAAUCAUUGGAUGGAAGGGUAGACUGCCCUGAUGAUGGGAACCCAUGGGAUGCGCAGGCAGCUGGGAACACCGGCCUGGCUGAGCCCACCUCUGGGGACUGAUGUGGCCUGGGCAGAUGUAGCUGUCACUGGGAUGGACGUCAUUUUCCUGCUUCCUUCACCUGGCCCUCCUCCAGCAGAGACCACAGCUUCUCCCAGGACCCUUUCCUCCACCUAUGGCUUUUGGGCAGCCUCUCCUUUGGGCUCCUUCUGGGCAGGGCCUGGUCUGGCAAUGACUUCCAGCUGCUGCUGGCCCCUAGGUGCUUCUCUGCCUCCGAAUCCGCUCAGAGGCCUUCCUUACACGCUCUUCACUCUUCCUUUUGAUUGUGUGUGUGUGUGUGUUGAGUGUGUUAGUGUGUGGGAGAGUAUGUUUUGAGUGUGUAAGUGUGUGCAUUAGUGUGUGUGUUUUGAGUGUGUAUGUGUGUUGAGUGUGUAGUGUGUUCCGAGUGUGUGUUCGCUGCUGGGAGGCUCACAAACAGCAGUUUUGGCUCCACACCUCUUGGGAUGGUGUGGGCUUGGCAGCCGCCACCACCUCCCACUCUGCUAUGUAUCAUUGCUGCUCAUUUGAAAUGCAUUAGUAGUUCAGAAGGAGACCUAAGGUCUAAGAGUAUGAUUCAUCAAACUGCAAAUUCUUCCUGUGAAAAAAUGCAAUGUCAGGAAAGGGUCCUGGCGGCAUACCGAAAGCUAACGAUUAAAACUACCCAAAUAUAUGA